GUGGAAGAGAUAGGAAAAACUAGCAUAUGCAGUAGGUUGGCUGUAGAGGAUAAAUAGAGGCAUGGUACACCAGACCCGCUCCCUUUUCAUGCAGAGGAAGACUGAACAAGAGCUGCUGCAAGUUUUUUUUUUUUCUUUUGCCAAAGAAUCGUUUCAGGGGAGUGUUGCUUUUGUCUAUGAGGCGUUCCUGUUUAAUGGCAGUAAAUCAGAUUACUAGUUCAAGCUGAAAGUUUCUUCCACACUCUUUUUUCACUUGGAAUCGAGCAAUGAGGUCUCUUCUCCUCACCGUUUGUUGCUUUUCAGUUUUCCACCUGGAUGCAUCCCAGGUUCUCGAAGUGAACGGCCAGGUUGGAGGAAAUGUCUCCAUCCACUGUUUUGAUAGCUGGUCUGCAGUCAACAUUUCAGAGCUGGACAGUGUGCAUUUCUGCAAUGGUAUCUGCUCUGCUGAAAACACCAUCAUUCAGAUGGAGAUGAUGAGCUCUUCUGUAAAAUGGGAUGGGAGAUACAGCAUGGAGUUGGAUGGAGAAGACGGGGUCUUUACUGUGACAAUAAACAAGCUAAAGAGAACUGAUACUGGCAGUUAUCUUUGUGCAAUGAGUAGAAGCCUAAAACUAAUGUUCCAAGAAGUUAGUCUAAAAGUGGUUGAUGUUUCCACUGUUCCUGCUGGAUCCCCUGAAGCCCCCAAUACCACCCAGCAGGCAGGGCUACGCUCUCCCAGAGGCAGCUUUCCAUCAAACGAUGAAGCAUCUCACGUUACAAUCAUGCCACCAUCUUCAGACAGGAAGAGAAGACAGAAAGAAGCAAACCACCUAACAGACACAAUGGUUGUCAUAAUCAUCUCUGGAAGCCUGGCUUUUCUGGUUUGUGCCAUUAUCCCUCUUAUAUUCUACAGACGGUGGCGAAAUAUAGCAGGUCAAAACAAACAGGCAGAAAACAUAAAUGCGAAUGACUGCUGUCAGGAAAAUGUAAAUACAGCUUCCACUCAAAUAGCAGUGGGCGUUCAGACUUCAGAAGAGGAUCCUCCAAAAUCUGAGGCAGAGGACAACCUCCAGUACGCUGAGGUCUAUGAGGGGCUGGAUCCCAAAACCCUCGAAUGAGCAGGAAUUAUUCAGUUUCUUUGCUGUUUUUUAUUGUGAAACUAACACACUCUAUUCUAUGUGAAAUCAUAACAUCUCUUUGAAUAUCUCUCCGUACUAUCUGUUGCUAAAGUUGUAGCGUUUCCAGAGUGAUAGCUGAGCUUAAACAAAUUCUAAGAACAACACAAAGAAGCAUGCAGCUGCAUGGGCCUCAUCCAAACAUGCAUAUAUUAACAGCGUGCAAAGUCGAACUAUUAACUGGAUGCACACACAGAAAUGCUUUUGUAAAAUUACCAAAAUAAAUACACAGCUAAGCUUGUUUGACCUUCAGGAAUAUGCAGAACAUAUUGAUAAUCAGGGCAUGCAAAAUUGAGAAGCAUGUGCUAAAAAUUGAAAUUACUUAGAACAAGCAACGUGAUUCGGAAACCAUGAAAGAGAUGGUGGGUGUAAUGUCUGCUUCUACAGUUUUUUUAGUCCUUUGACCGUCAGGUAAAACUUACACGCAAAAAUGUCUGUUGUCAUCAGGAGAAGGAGACAUAAGUGCAACCACAGACAAUGGAAAGAAAAUGUGACAUAUGUAUAUUAAUUUAUUUGGAGUAUUAUUAUUAUGAGACUAGUAAUGAACUGAUACUGUUCCUACAGAUACUUUAUAUACUCAAAAUGCACUGAUGUCCCCUGGCUGUAUACUUCCUAAAAUGUGCAGACAUUAAACAACAUUCCCUAUGAACGCCUCACAAUCAGAAACAGUCUUUAACAAUUAUCUAAUAAAGGCAGAUAUGCUGUCUGGAAAAGGUUCCCUUCAAACCGGACACAACCGGAGCAGUUUGCUCAUGAGGAGUUGAGCAAAAUACCUGCUGAGAGGAGCAGAAAUCUCAUUGACACCUACAGGAAUUGUUUGAUUGCCUCAAAAGGUUGUGCAACAAAAUAUUAAGUUAAGGGUACCAUCAUUUUUACACAGGCCUGCUUCGGGAGUUUAUUUUCUAAAAUGUUUCCUUGAAAAGGAACGUCUGAAGUUUAUUAUUUUUUUUUUUUUAUUUUAACGGGAUUUUUUAUUUCUUAUUACUUUUGUCAGAUUCAAGUAAUUUCUGUGACCAUUGUCCACGUGUGUAGUAGUUGUCCUGUUAUUCAGUUCUGAGGCAUCAGAUGAAUUGCCUUUAUUUGCAUACUUUAAAUCACAGUUAGAUCAAGCAUAAAAAGGGCUUAAAACAAAUCGGCCUUUUACUAAUGAAUAGGAAGUUGUUUUUUUCCCAAUGAGUGGAAAUUUGUGUUGAUCAGAGGUGAAAAAGGUUAUCAUAUUUUAUUACACAUUUUUUUAACUUUAAAGCCACUUAGGGUUAAGGCACUUUUACUGCCUUCUGGGAUUUUGUUCUGGAUUAGUGGAGCAUAAAAGCAAAUGCUAACUUUCUAUGUUUGGUUUUGGUUCUGCGGUUGCAGAGUAGAUCUUUGGCUGGUUGAUGUGUUAACAACAAGUCUGUAAUCUUUUUUGGUGAUAACUUUAAUAUCUAAUCUCUGAGAUACAGGUAACCAGUGAUGUGCCUUUCUUUCUAAUUUUUGUUGAGGAUGCAGGCAGCAGCAUUCAGCUGCAGCAGAUCUGUGAAGACAUUGUUGCAAUAGUCAAUUCUGUUAAAAACGAACACAUGAAUAGGUUUUUAAAGUCCUGUCAAGACGUGAGUCCUCUAAUCCUGGAGAUGUUCUUUAGGUGAUUGAAGAUCAACUUUGUUGCUGUCUUUAUGUGCCCCUGAAGGUUCAGUAUUGAGUUAAUCACGGCAUCAAGAUAGUGAGCCUGAUAAGUGGUUUCUACUCUCUCAAUGAAUUAAUUGAAGCUGGCUUGUAACUUGUUUUUUUUCUCCUUGGGUCCAAAAAUGAUUACCUCAAAUGAUCUGAUGGCUUCCAGGACAAAAGGUGCAGUAAUGGUCACUUCAAGUUUUCCUACAGAUGAUAGGUCCUAAUUUUAUUUAUCAAUUAAA